AUGAGCGCCCUCUUCGAACGAAAAGUCAAGGCCCCGGUCCUGAAGCUGCUCAAGUCUGGCGCUUCUCCGAGUAGCAUCGCACUGGCCAUGGCCUUUGGCGUCUCCGGUGGCAUUUUCCCCGUCCCUGGCGUCACCACUGUGCCCGUGAUGGCGGCCAUCUUUCUCUUCCGCCUGAACCCCGUGGCUGCUAUGCUCACCAACUAUCUUGUCACGCCACUCAACAUUGCGUCCAUCCCCGUCUUCAUCUACUACGGUGACAUUAUGUUUGGAGAAGGGGAUGGAGACAGCGGGUUUGCCAUGAGUAGCUUCAUGGAGGACGUCAAGAAGGACACGAUCAAGACGCUGCUCCUCUUUCGCUUCACGCUCUUGCAUGCCAUCUACAUCUGGCUGCUCGCUAUGCCCCUGGUCACACUCGCUGUCUAUAGCGUGCUUACACCUGUUCUACGUCGCGUCAUGCCGAAGACCAAGAAUGAAGGCAAGCACGCAUAA